CGAGAUCUGACAUCACUACGCGCGAAGCAAACACGGCGAGGAUAAAGCAAGAUGGCGUCUGACGGGGAAGACGUUAUUGCAGUGUUCUUAAUCUGUGCCUCCAUGUACACAUAUAUGUCCUUUAAUAGACUACAUUACAUAGAGUAAACAUCGUUAAUAACUGUUUGCAUCCAGUUAUAUUAGUCUUCUCGAGCUAGCUUAGCUUGCUAGUUAGCUUAGCUUGUUAGCUGCUAACAAAGAGAGGCGGAAGUGAUCAAAACACAUCGCUAAGUAGAGAUCAAGUGUGAGUGUAAAGUGUUGUGAUUGUGUGAAAAUUUGCUAAAGAACCAUAGCAAAGUACGAGGAGGAACUUUGUCCAACAGAAGAGGAGAAGGAGCGACAACAUUAAAAACAUCAAGUUGUGUUACACAGAACAGACAUCCAUCAGCUGAUGGAACACCAAGAAGAAUGUCUCCCUCAUCUGCAGGGGGACAGUUUCACACAUCCACAGCCCCCCUUUUUGAAAGAGGAAGAGGAGGGAGAGUGUCCUGUAGGGCAGGAGGAGGCUGAUCUCAGCAGGUUUCCACUGACCGUUGUCUUUGUGAAGACUGAAGCGCAUGAAGACAAAACACCUGAGUCCUCACAGCUUCAUCACAGUCCAAACGUCCAGCAGCCCCCCCACAUGAAAGAGGAAGAGGAGGAAGUGUGGAUGAGUCAGGAGGGAGAGUGUCUUCUAGGGCAGGAGGAGGCUGAUGUCAGCAAGUUUCCACUGACUGUUGUCUCUGUGAAGACUGAAGAGGAUGAAGACAAACCACCUGAGUCCUCACAGCUUCAUCACAGUCCAAAAGUCUGUGGAGAACAACUUCUGCCUGAAAAACAGGAGUGUAGCUUCAGGAUGGUGAAGGAGGAUCCAUCAAAGAGGAAUACCAGACGCCACGGACCCUCUGGCAUCUCUUUUUCCUCUUUGACACAGACCCUUCCCUGUAAAAAGGAAGAGGAAGACUCACUGACCCCCCACAUUAAAGAAGAAGAGGAGGAACACGGCAUCAGUCAGGAGGGAGAUCAUCAUGAAGGACUGCUGGAGUUCCCAGUGACUGGUGUCCCUGUGAAGAGUGAAGAUGAUGAGGUGAAAGGUGAAAGUGAGGAGAGGGGAGGGGGGGAGCCUCCAGGCAGCAGCUCAACACAACACAUGACAACAGAAGCUGAUGGAGACCACUGUGGAGGAUCACAAGCAGACAAGCUCUUAGCUCCACUAUCAGAUAGUGAGGACACAAUCUCACACUCUCCUCACACUGAUGAUGAUGAUGCAACAUGUCACACUGACAACACUCACUUCACAUGUCCUACCUGUCACAAAACAUUUAAAUACCGUAGUCAUCUGAAAGCACACAUUAGAACACACACUGGAGAAAAACCUUUUUCUUGCUCAGAAUGUGGUAAACGUUUUGUACUUCGUUCAAAUUUGAAAGUACACAUGAGAACACACACUGGAGAAAAACCUUUUUCUUGUUCAGAAUGUGGUAAAGGUUUCGUUCUAAGUCAUGAUUUGAAAGUACACAUGAGAACACACACAGGUGAAAAACCUUUUGUCUGUUCAAUCUGUGGUAAAGGUUUUGCACAAAGUAACAAUUUGAAAGUACACAUGAGAACACACACUGGAGAAAAACCUUUUUCUUGUUCAAUCUGUGGUAAAGGUUCUACACAAAGUCAAUGUUUGAAAGUACACAUGAGAACACAUACCGGAGAAAAAACUUUUUCUUGCUCAGAAUGUGGUAAAGGUUUUGUUUUAAGUCAUGAUUUGAAAGUACACAUGAGAACACACAAUGGUGAAAAACCUUUUGUCUGUUCAAUCUGUGGUAAAGGUUUUGCACAAAGUAACAAUUUGAAAGUACACAUGAGAACACACACUGGUGAAAAACCUUUUUCUUGUUCAAUCUGUGGUAAAAGUUCUACACAAAGUCAAUGUUUGAAAGUACACAUGAGAACACACACUGGAGAAAAAUCUUUAUCUUGUUCAAUCUGUGGUAAAGGUUUUACACAAAGUCUAUGUUUGAAAGUACACAUGAGAACACACACUGGUGAAAAACCUUUUUCCUGUUCAACCUGUGGUAAAGGUUUUGCACUAAGUCAACAUUUGAAAGUGCACAUGAGAACACACACUGGUGAAAAACCUUUUUCCUGUUCAAUCUGUGGUAAAGGUUUUACACAAAGUCAGUGUUUGAAAAGACACGCUAGAACACACACUGGUGAAAAAUCCCAUUCCUGUUCAAUCUGCAACAGAAGCUUUUGUGAACGAUCAAAUCUUGUAGUACACAUGAGAACACACACUGGUGAAAAACCUUUUAUCUGUUCAAUAUGUUGUAAAGGUUUUACAGAAAGUCAGAGUUUGAAAGUGCACAAGAGAACACACACUGGUGAGAAACCAUUCACAUGUUCAAUCUGCAACAGAAGCUUUUGUGACCGGUCAAACUUUGUAAGACACAUGGGAACACACCCUGAGAGAAAGUGUUGAGUUGCAGUGUGUGUGGUGAAAGAUUGUCUUCUAAGUAGCAGUGUAAGAAACACAAGUGUGCUGAUGAGAACAGCAGCAGCAAAUCAAACUGCAGGAUUUGAAAUAAACUGUCCAGACUUUCAUUUUGACUUUCUAACAACAUCAGCACAUAUAACAUGUGUGAUAUUGUUGUUUGUCUAACAAUCUUUUUAAUGUGCUUCUACAUUUAUAGAUUAGAUAUUCUAUAUUAGUGCUUUUUUCAGUCAAAUACAUGCAUUAGUAUGUAACAUUGUGUUCUUUUAUCAAAAAAUGGUGAGAACAAUUUGAGUAAAAAGGUGAGAGUAAACAGUACAAUACUUAUUUUACAUGCAAUAAACAUUUUGUGUAUGUAAACACACACACACCCACAUAUAUAUAUAUAUAUUCAUACAAUUUUAGAUUUAUUCAUAUGAAAUAUUGAAGUAUUACAUAUUUGUAUUUGUAAUUGUUAAUAAUCCCAUAGAUUAUCACCUUUAUAUGAUAUACAAAUGUACUGCUUCAACCUCUUCAGGAAGCAUAUUAUUAUUUACUUUAUACAUCAUUUGAACAGUUGUCUUUUAUACACAUUUAAAUUGUGUGAUUUUAUGAAUCAUUCGUUUGGUCUCUAUAAUCCAUUUAUUAAUUAUCUUUAUUACUAUCUUUUGUAAUAUGAUGAUUAUGUUGUGAUUGUUUUAUAUGUAUGUCCCCAGAUCUUUAUGGAAUUUAAAAGUGAGAUAAAAUGGCAGAUUUUUUUCUUUUGUGAAAGAAUGGCUUUGUUUUUACAAAUUUAACAUUUGUGGAUACAUCAAAUAAAUCCUGUAUUGUGUUUUAAA